GGAGACUCACGUGAAGAGCUUUUAAACAUGAUGAUAUGGUCGGUGCUUGCCCGUGAAGCGGACUAGACACCCGGCCAUGGGCUGUGGCGCAUCAGCCAAGUAUGUCGUUCAGACGGAUGAGCAUGUCGAAUUGCCUGAGAAGGUCGAGAAGGAGGUGACCAUCGACUUGCCUCAGCAUCUCGAGCCUGUAGAGGUUGGCAGGCUACCAGCCCAAAAGGAGGAGGUGAUGAAGGCUAUCGACCAAGCUCGCAACACCCAGCUGCGGGCGCUUUGUGUGCGUGUCCGGAAGGCCUUGGCAGCGACUGCUGCAAUCGAGCAUCUGCCGCCUGGAGCAGUGCUUGAAGGUUCAAAGGCCUGGUUCAGCGGCCAAUGCCUUGUCCUCUUCGGUCAGGACUCGGGAGAGAGCAUUGAGGCGUCGGAGAAGUUGGUUUUUGUUGGUCUUCGCAUUGUAGCUAUUCUGAAGCGAGGCGAUUCCUUUGGAAAGCAGGUGCACCAGGGAGAGCUGUCAGAGGAGGAGCUUCUGAAUCAGGAAGCUUGGGAGAACUGUCAGCCUCGAGUUGUCGUCCCUGAAGAAGGGGUUGGACUCAAGAUUUGCAGACUCGUGGAGGUGGAGGAUAGCCGAGGAAUUGCAAGCAAGUCGGUCUCCAAGAGAGCUACCGACGAUCACGGGCAGCAUCGCUCGCAAGGCCUGAGCCACUUCAGCUUGCACGGAAGCUCCAAUGCUGCUGCGAGCUUGGCCUUUCUGCCGACAAGUGCAGCGUCCAUCAGCCUGUUGGCGCAGCUGUGGCUCACUACGACUCCGCCCCCGAUAGGCAUAUCUGACCUCACAGAGUUGGGUGCCGUACCUCGAGCACACUUCCAGGCGGCUUUGUGGACCCCCUUGCGAGAUCGCUUGGAUCAGCUCACCGAGGAGAUCAAACGCCGACAGAAAGCCAAGUAUCGGAUUCACGACUGUUUUCCUCUUCAGGGCCACCAAAUUGUGGAGUUGAAACACUACAUCAUGCAUCUUACCGAGUUAUGGUAUGGCACUGACAGAGGGGGCAACCUCAGCAUCCUCUAUGCGUGGUUUGUGGAGGCAAUGGAGGUCUUGGGUGUCACGGCCUACAAAUACGACAAAUUGCCCAUUGAUCCUAGCCCUGAUGGCUGGGCCGUAGUGGUUGACGGUGAUGCCCGCAAGAAGGCAUUGAUUAGCCGGAGUGGCAGUGACAAGUCUUAUGUGGCCACCGGUGGAGUGGCCCAAAAGCAGGGGCGCAGCGCCAUCGACAACACGGUGCUGCGGAACGUCUUCUUUCCGUGGGAGGCGCGCGACCUGCUCGUCGGGCGCUUGUUGCGGAAGUACCUCUCACGACUGCUCUCGUUGCGGCAGCGUUGCAUACUUCGUCGGCUGUCAGAGCAUUUGCAGUUGGAUGUCUUACGCCUGGCACAGGACUCGAGGACACACAACACCUUGCGCUCGGUCCUGGCGGCCACUCCGAAGGAGGAAUUCGAGGCCAUGGGGCUCAAUCCAACAGACCCCUUGCUGCUGCUGCUGAAGCGCAGCGGUGCGGAGGUGGCGGGCUUUGGACAGUUGGAUGAGACCAUGCAGAGAUCGGUCUGGGAGUGUGCCAAGACCUUGCUGCGAGAAACCGCCCCGCCUUUGGCACGAGAGCCUGGCGACGAGACGAAUCUGGAUGUCUUUGGAAGGUUCAUCAACUGGAGCCGGGAUUAUCCUGGGGAAUACUUCGAGCAUGACAAGGCCCAGCAUGUGACCGUCUUCAUUGCAGGGAUGUUCUCUCGACGUAUUGUGGUGGUGAAGCGUUCUCACAUGGAACGGAUGACGCUGGCGCGCUAUUUCCCGCUGAGCUGGAAACGGCAGCAACCCUUAUGGGGCUCGGCCUCCACGGGCAAGUUCCAGGUGCGGCCUGCUGGUGUGAAGGAAGGCUCCCAUGUCCGUGCCAAUGAGUGCCCAUAUGCAGCUCUUCAUGGCAUGUCCCUCUCAGCGGGUGGCUUCGCUGAUCAGCGGAACUCGGAUCGGAAGACCGUGGGCUACACACUGCUGAUGGAGUUGCAGUGGAUCAGAGAUCCACAGGCAAACAUCGAGAACUGGUACAUCACUGACAUCGAAAAGAUUCUUCAGGAAGCCUACCAGCUCAACCCGCAUGGCCCAGCCAUCCAUGCUUUGCCGGGGGAAGCCUUCAUUGCUGUUGGCCAAAACCCAAAGGUUGGCAGCUCCAUUCGCCAGACGCAGCACACACAACUGGCUGAAGGCCACUGGAACAAGUACCCCAUCUUGAAAGUGGCGGCUGCGCGCGUGUUUGCUGCCAAGGCCUGUCCUAUGCCGAUUCCAGAUGGAACGAAGGUCGAACGCCUCAAUGAUAUCCUCGGGCCCCACACGAUGCUGGAGAUCGUGGACAUAAACGCGGAGGGCAGUGACCCGGAGAACAGCGGUCUGAUGCUGCGCUGCCGCUGCCCUGAGUUGGCGCCCGGCCUGGUGCGCUUCCUCACGCAGUUGCGUCUGCGGCUGCUGGAGUGUUUGGGAGGACCUGAGGCGAUCGACUUUCUGGUCUUGUGCAUGAGCGAUCAAGAAGGCUCCUUCGUGGUGAUUUUUGCGCCCACCCCGCAGCUGAUGCAGCUGCAGGAGGGUCAUGCCGAUUUAGUGCCCUGGGCAAAUCCGCUCACAGGCGAAUCCUCGGAGAUCGCAGGGAUCGAGGAAAGCCGGUUGGACUUUGGGAAAGGCGUGGGGCACUUCCUGGUGCUGAAAGAAGAGCUGCGAAAGCAACUCUUGGACAAAGGGGAGGACACACUGCGGCGAAUUUGGGCCUUCAAUCGAGUCCCUGGUUCACGAAAGGUCAUUGAAGACUUCAUUGUGCAGCAGAAUAUUUUGGAAACCUGAGGAAUCCGGGUUUAAGGAUGCAAGGUCUGCAAGGUGGUUUGUGGCAAGCAAAGGCCUUUGCCCACAAACAUGUGGACGAAAUGCAGAAGCUCACAUCUGCAUUUCACAUUUGGACCCGGGGUGUUAUUUAGACUUGCGGCCAUUUCCUCACAAAUGUGAUGGGGAAUGUCCGUCAGCAACGGAAUUGUGCGCCUUUCCUGGCCUUGGCAUAGAGUAUGAAUUGGUC